CUUAAUGGUGCCAAAGGAGUUCUAGAUGCCAAAGUUCACAGUCCCUCUGGGGCUUUGGAGGAAUGCUGGGUGACGGAAAUUGAUGAAGAUAAAUAUGCUGUACGCUUUAUUCCUCGUGAGAAUGGUCUCUACCUUGUCGAUGUCAAGUUCAAUGGCUCUCACAUCCCUGGCAGCCCCUUCAAAAUCCGUGUGGGAGAUCCUGGCCAGGCUGGUGAUCCAGGAAUGGUGUCUGCUUAUGGUCCAGGAUUAGAAGGUGGCACUACUGGAAAUGCAGCAGAGUUUAUUGUUAAUACCACAAAUGCAGGUGCUGGAGCCUUGACUGUUACAAUUGAUGGUCCUUCUAAGGUCAAAAUGGAUUGCCAGGAGUGUGCAGAGGGCUAUAAGGUCACAUAUACACCAAUGGCUCCUGGAAGCUACCUGAUCUCUAUAAAGUAUGGUGGUCCUUAUCACAUUGCAGGAAGCCCAUUCAAAGCAAAGGUUACUGGGCCUCGCUUGGUAGCAAGCCACAGUCUUCACGAGUCCUCUUCAGUGUUUGUAGACUCUGUCACAAAAUCAGAGGCAGUUACUCAACAAGGAGCCUUGCCUAGAGUAUCAUCAGAUGCAAGCAAAGUAGUCGCAAAAGGUCUUGGUUUGAACAAAGCCUUUGUUGGCCAGAAGAACUCCUUCACAGUAGACUGCAGCAAAGCUGGUAACAAUAUGCUGCUUGUUGGAGUCCAUGGACCAAAAACCCCAUGUGAAGAGAUUGUGGUUAAACAUCUUGGAAACCGGUUGUACAAUGUUACGUACCUCCUGAAGGACAAGGGAGAUUACAUCCUGGUGGUCAAAUGGGGAGAUGAGCACAUUCCAGGAAGCCCAUACCACGUGUCUGUGCCUUAA